AGAGAAGAGACACGCAGGCACAAGUUCUUUGUUGCUUUGUGCCGUGAAAAUUAGGAUUAAACAAAAAUAGAAAAAAGGAAAAGGAGAAACAGUAGAACGUAGCAGCAGUGCUCCCUCUCUUCUUUUUGACAGUAGGGUUGCGUUGCACUGCAUUGCACGCGCCCACACACACACACACGCCAUCCACCACCUCCUUUCUCUCCCGUCGCUGCCAUUAACCACCACCAAUGGGUGCUUCUCUUCCUCCCAAAGAGGCUAACCUCUUCAAGCUUAUUGUCAAAUCCUAUGAAACCAAACAAUACAAAAAGGGCCUUAAAGCAGCGGAUGCCAUUUUGAAAAAAUUCCCAGACCAUGGAGAAACUUUAUCAAUGAAGGGGUUGACGUUGAAUUGCAUGGAUCGCAAGUCUGAGGCAUAUGAAUUGGUUCGCCAAGGAUUGAAGAAUGACCUUAAAAGUCAUGUUUGCUGGCAUGUUUUUGGUCUCCUUUAUCGGUCAGACAGAGAAUAUAGGGAGGCAAUAAAGUGCUAUCGCAAUGCAUUGAAAAUAGAUCCUGACAAUAUUGAAAUAUUGCGGGACUUGUCACUUUUACAGGCUCAAAUGCGAGAUUUAACUGGCUUUGUUGAGACACGACAACAACUUCUGACACUCAAGUCAAAUCAUCGCAUGAACUGGAUUGGCUUUGCUGUUGCACAUCAUUUGAACUCUAGUGCAUCAAAGGCUAUUGAAAUUCUUGAAGCGUAUGAAGGGACUUUGGAAGAUGAUUAUCCUCCAGAAAAUGAACGGUGUGAACAUGGAGAAAUGCUUUUGUAUAAGAUCUCCUUGUUGGAAGAAUGUGGAUUUUUCCAGAAAGCUCUUGAGGAGUUGCAAAAGAAAGAGUUAAAAAUUGUUGAUAAGCUUGCAUAUAAAGAGCAAGAGGUCUCACUUCUAAUCAAGCUUGGUCGCUUAGAAGAAGGGGAGAAAUUGUUCCGUGCAUUACUUAGCAUGAAUCCUGACAAUUAUAGAUAUUACGAAGGCCUCCAAAAAUGUGUUGGAUUAUACUCAGAAAAUGGCCAUUUUUCUCCUGAUGAAAUAGAUCAGUUGGAUGCCUUGUACAAAACACUUGAGCAGCAAUAUAAGUGGUCUUCUGCUGUUAAGAGAAUACCACUGGACUUUUUACAAGGUGACAAGUUUCGAGAAGCAGCAGAUAGUUAUAUUAAGCCUCUCCUAACUAAGGGAGUUCCAUCUCUUUUCUCCGAUCUUUCUUCGUUAUACAAUCAACCUAGGAAGGCAGACGUUUUGGAACAGAUCAUUCUUGAGUUAGAGAGUUCACUUAAGUCCACUGGUCAAUACCCUGGACGGAUGGAAAAAGAGCCACCUUCAACCCUGAUGUGGACUUUGUUUUUCUUGGCUCAGCAUUAUGACAGACUGGGCCAAUAUGAAAUUGCUCUUUCUAAAAUUGAUGAGGCUAUUCAUCACACGCCUACUGUCAUUGAUCUGUAUUCAGUCAAGAGUCGGAUACUGAAGCAUGCUGGUGAUUUGGUUGCUGCUGCUGCAUUUGCAGAUGAAGCUAGAUGUAUGGAUCUUGCUGAUCGUUAUGUAAAUAGUGAAUGUGUUAAGCGGAUGCUGCAGGCUGAUCAGGUGGCUUUGGCUGAAAAAACUGCUGUAUUGUUCACAAAAGAUGGUGAUCAGCACAACAACCUACAUGAUAUGCAGUGCAUGUGGUACGAGCUUGCCUCUGCUGAAAGCUAUUUCCGCCAAGGUGAUCUUGGACUUGCUCUAAAGAAAUUUCUAGCUGUGGAGAAGCAUUAUGCUGAUAUUACAGAAGAUCAAUUUGAUUUUCAUUCAUACUGCUUAAGGAAAAUGACAUUACGUCAAUACGUGGAAAUGCUUAAAUUUCAAGACCAAUUGCAUUCGCAUGCAUACUUUCAUAAAGCUGCUGUUGGAGCUAUCAGAUGCUAUAUCAAAUUGCAUGAUUCUCCUCCAAAGUCAACAGCUGAGGAAGAUAACGACAUGUCUAAGUUGCUUCCUUCUCAGAAAAAGAAAAUGAGGCAAAAACAAAGAAAGGCAGAAGCUAGAGCUAAGAAAGAGGCAGAAAUAAAAAAUGAAGAAUCAAGUGCUGGUGGGGUAUCAAAGUCUGGGAAACGGCAUGCAAAACCUGUUGAUCCUGAUCCACGUGGUGAAAAAUUGACGCAGGUUGAAGAUCCGCUGUUGGAAGCCACAAAAUACCUGAAGCUGCUUCAGAAGAAUUCACCUGACUCGUUGGAGACACACAUUCUCUCUUUUGAGUUAUAUAUGAGGAAACAGAAAAUUUUACUUGCCUUCCAGGCUGUUAAGCAGUUACUGAGGUUGGAUGCUGAACACCCUGAUUCUCAUCGUUGUUUGAUUAAAUUCUUCAAUAAAGUGGGAUCCAUGAAUGCUCCUGUGACUGACAGUGAGAAACUUGUUUGGAGUGUCUUGGACGCUGAGCGCCAAACUAUUAGUCAGCUGCAUGGAAAAUCUCUGUUUGAGACAAAUAAUUCUUUCCUUGAAAAACAUGAAGAUUCUUUGAUGCAUAAAGCUGCUUUUGGGGAAAUGUUGUAUGUUUUGGAUCCCAACAAAAGGCCUGAGGCUGUCAAGUUGAUUGAAGGGUCAACAAAUAAUCUUGUGCCAAGAAAUGGUGUGCUUGAACCGAUCGGGGAAUGGAAACUUAAAGAUUGUAUUGCAGUUCAUAAGCUUCUUAGAACAGUGCUUGUUGAUGAUGAUGCGGCAUUAAGAUGGAAAGAGCGUUGUGCCAAGUUUUUCCCAUACUCCACCUACUUUGAGGGCAGUCGUAGCUCUGCCUUUAAUCAGAUAGGGAAGAGCACUGAAAAUGGGAGUUCUAAUCAUGUGGAAUCCACCCCAUCAAAUGGGAAACUAGAGGCAUUUAAAGAUCUAACCAUCUGAAGAAGUUGAAGACAAGCCAAAAAAAAUGGUUUGGUAGUUACCUAGUUUGGAUGUUUGGUAAUUCAAGCUGCAUUUGAAACACCACCUAAACUAGGCUGCAGUUCCCAGCAAUAUAUCAAAAUUCUGGACAACUCACGAACGUAUUUUCUUUGCACGAGUUCUCCUCUCUAAACUGAUGUGUUCCAUUUGCAAAUGUGUAUAACUACCGUUAUUAUGUUUUUGGGUUGAAUUUUUUAUUUGCUCACCCCCUUUUUCCCUUGAUGUUAAGAGGGAAGGCUCCGAAGGUGUGUGCAUCUUCGUCCAAAGUUUACUGUUUACUUCGCAGGGAGAGCUGCAGAAAUUUUAAGUUCCUGGUCCUGCAUUCGGCCACCAUCUACCCCGAGAGAAUGUUGAACUUGUCAUGUUUGUUGGCUCAUUUAUCAUGUAUUAGCUAUUAGUUAUUUAACCAUUUCAAAAUUUUGCUUUAGAUUCCAUUUGAAAAUCCUGAUGUUGAUGAAUAUUGCAGAAGGUUGAGAAGACUUGUAAAAAUUAUGAUUUAAAAAAAAUAGACACCAGUGGCAUAAAAACCAUAAUUUUGUAGUUUGAGUAAAUUAGUUGUGCUAUUAUAUUAUACAUUCAUUACAAUUCUAAUAAUAUUUGCAAACUA